AUGAACUUCUACUCGUUCUUCCUCUUCGCCAUCCUCUCGAUCGCUCUCGUCGCCGGAAACGACGUAAAGAGACCGGCCGGCCACGUGGACAGACACGGAGGACACGCUCCGGACGGAGAUCAUCAUCGAAUCAAGAGAGACUUCCCGGGAAGAAAGCAAGGAAAUCCCCCCAAAUUCAACAGAGAACGUCUGGAGAAGAGAGUUCAUUGA